AUGAGGCCCUUAGAUCCAUCAACCGACAACGCCGAGAGCGAAGUAGAUCAUCCGAGAGAAUUCUGCAUUCGACGUCUUGUAGCACGAAACAAUCAAAUGGUACAACCCAGCCAUUCGUAGUCUAAGGUUUUCAGUCUAGUUACAGGCUUGCAAUCACGAGGUGACAAGUUCAAAUAGUAUUGAUCCUCAAAUCUGGUUUCCGAAACAAUUGUAGCCGUGAACAAAAGUCUUAAGCUGGCUAGUGGAACGUGAUCACUUUCAGUUUCGUCUGUGCUGUGGAGGGCGGUGCCUCUGCAACCGCUCUUUCUCUCAAAAAGCGAGAAAGAAAAACAUUGAUGCCUCUUAUUGUGCCGUGCAUGUACUUUUGCUUUUCUGUUACAGACUCUAGACUAUUAUCCAGUCUCAUUCAACUAAAGAUAAUAAUCAAAAGCUAAACAUAUUUGGAUCUUUUUUAUGGGGAUGGGGUGGAGGUGUGUAAGACAGGUUUUGUCCGAAAGUAGGAGAAACUUACCAUAAUUAAAAAAAAAAAUACGUUAUUAGUAGUUUUAGAAAGUAUCACUAAUAUUUUGGGUAAAAUGCUCAUUUUUCGCCAAGGCUACUUUGGUAUGCUAUUUUUACGUAAAAUCAAUAUAAGCUUUGUAUGUAGAACCGAUGGUUUUGGUGCAGCGUAUUUCUGGCAGCUUUUGGAAUGUUUUAAAUUUUGGAAAUUUGGAAGGAAAAUAUUUGAAAUUGUUACAGAGACUGUUUACUGUUUACCCUUUUGAGUGAGAGGUGCCACUUGACAGUUUAAAGCUCCUAUUAGACUAUUAAUACAGUCAGAGUGGUGUUUAGUUUCUAUAUAGUUUGCCGAUGUUCCGGCACAGUCUUUACUUCAUUUUCAUUUCAAUGGUAAGUCCUAAAAUCCAAGACCUAAAUCUUGACGUAAGAGUACAGUUUAUAAUAGAUAAAAUGUAGGAAAGUAAUUUUCAGGCUAAGGUUGCAGGUAAAACAACUGAUACACUAAUUUGAGUCUCAUUCAGUCUUUUUGUUUAAUAAUGUCAUCUAAUCAAUUAGUUUAUUUACAAGGAAGCUAAGACUUAGCCCCUCCCCCAACGAAGCCUGUAUAUAGGCAAAAUGAAAAAUGCCGUGUUUGCCUCACUUGGAUCAUAAAGCGCCUGUUUAAUAUUCAGGCUACCCCCAACGCGAGGAUGGUUUGGCAUCCUUAUUCUUUUAUGCAGUUUAAUGUUAAGAUCAAUUUUGUGUAACCGAAUGGGCCACCAUGUUUGGUUAUUGUUUCGUGAAAGAUAAUGAUGUCUUCCAUAAUAAAAGUUAAUAAGUUUAUAAAGGUUUAUAUACUUUUCUUGUUCAUCGUUAUUGUAAUCCGGUAUUAUCGAUUGUAUUAAGUCUCUUACCCGCUUUAGUCAUGUUAGCUCCAAGAGAGAAUGCAAUAUUCUCCAAUCCCUGUUGUCGAAAAAAAAAAACAAAACAAAACAAAUACUUGCCAUUAAUCAUCCAAGAGGAAGAGAGAUUUUUUACAUUAAACCAACCGCCUUUUACUAUUUGUUUUAACAAAAAAAAAAGAAAAAGAAAAGAAAAACGGCGUGGCUAUGUGUUCCAUCCCCUCGCCCCUCCCCACCCACUCCCUGAUGGUAAAACUUUUCUGAAAGUAGACCGCUGGCAAAGAGAGCUGCAUUCAAUCGACUCUGGGAGGUGGUUUGAGUUUGUACCGGAUUAGUUUGUAUUUAUUCGGAUUUUCAGGAUGAGAGACCGGCUACAAGCUUUAAAAAAUACUGUUAGUAUAACUUUUUGUUCCAAAGCAUCAGAUGAUUUAGUAGCUUCGUUGAGUCUCGAAAGUUCCCUCGAGAAAAAAACUUAUUUGUAGGUGUAGAUGGAGCUCGUGACACCUCUGAAUGCAACAGAUCAACUUGGUUUAAUCGAAACUUUUGGUUUUUUAGGCACCUCCUAUCGAUGAAGAUGAAUCACAAGACGACGAUGAACCUUCAACUACGAUUAACGUUGAAAACACUUUUAUGGAUAACUUCUUUCAACAUGUAAGUUCCGCUUUUACGCUUUCCUUAAACCCUUAAACUGAAAAUAAGCUAAUUUGUGCAAUGAAGUGCAAAUCAAAAUGUAGUGUCAAAAUGUAGCUUCUGUUUUAAUUUAUCAAUCUUCGUCGUUUAAGGUCGCUACGAUACGUGGAAACAUCGAUAAAAUAGCACAAGAUGUUGAACAGGUCAAGAAAAUGCACAGUCUUAUGCUGUCCGCCGCCGUCCAAGAACAAGGUAUAAACAUCUAAUAAGAUACUUCUGCAAAAAUUGGCUACAUCUUUAAGCUUCAAUUUUAGGCUUGAUUUUUUAAGUUAUUGUAAGAAGCUAUUCUAACACACAUAGAGUCUUAACUAUUUCAGUUUCCAUCAAUCUCUGAAAAAAUGUCACUGAUUCAGCUCAAAUGGUCCGAUAUCAUUUUCGUUGUGAAUUGAACCAUAAUAUUUGAAAACCUAAAUAUAAUGAGAGUUAAUUGUGACAUAAUUCAUGUUUUGAUUUUAGUAGUAUAAGCUUACAUGAUAUAAACUCCUUCAGCUCUCAAAAAUCAAUGGCCAGAAUCUGGCCCUGAAGUUGCCGGAUUUUUCAGGUUUUUGCAAAAUUGACAGUAAAAGGCAAUUAGCAACCUAGUCCCGUUUUUAGUAAGUACAGCUAUCAAAAUACACCUGACAUAAGAAUCUUGAUGGGGUGCUCUUAAGGAUAAUGAGAAAAUGACAAUUUUCAUGCAUUUAAGGAACACAAAUUCAGUCAAUGAAAUGUAAAGUGCUUACUUGUUACAAGUCUUGCAUUGCAACUUUAUUGGUUUUGUAAUUAUUGCCUUGCCAUUCAGAGUAUUUAUUUUUCAGGCACACAGUGCUGAUUUUUAUUGUGCCACUAUAUUUUUUUUUCUAUUUUGUGUUUUUGAGGAAUAUGUUAUAUAUUCUUCUCCUAAUCCCUGUUCCUGGGCUUGGUCUCCAGUCAUGGGUGUUAGGUGGGAGCAUGGGUUAUGCUGUUUGUCUUUGGCAUCAUAAAAAUUUUGAUAGAUUAUUACUGUGUACAUUGUACUCACUGACCAUCUUCUCCUUAGCUAAAAGCGUACAGUUAAUUCUUGAACUUAGUAUAGUCUACAGAUUAGUGAGUUGCCUGCAAGCAAAUAACUGACUUACCUGUAGAUUGCACACACAAUACAUGAUUUGCAAGAGAAAUGUCAAACUGUAUUCCAUACAAUGGUGUGUUUUUCAUUAUUUCUUCAAAUCAUUAUUAAUAGUAUAAUUACAUUGAUGAUUAUCGAAAAUAGAGCACUAUGAUUGGCUAGGAGCUUUGCUUCAUCCUGCUAUAAUCACCAUGCGGUGAUUAUAACAUUGAAGGCUAGCAGUUUUCAAAAUGGGAGCCAGAUCUGUUGAUGUUUCAGAGUCGGAAACUGAUCAAUAAUUUAUAUUUUCUCAAAUAAUCAUCAGUGUAAUUAUACUAAAACAAUUAGUUGCCUCAGGUGACGUGAAUAUCCUCGAGGUGACUAUUCGCCGAUAUUCAUGUCGCCUUCGGUGACUAAUUGUUAAAUAACACAGUUUAUUAGAUUUGGUUUGUGUGAUAUCUAGCUGGUAAAUGUCUGGAAUAUUCAUUUUCAGAUAUCACAAAACCUUAUCUAGUAAUUGUUGAUGACUGUUCAAAAAAGAGCACCAUUUACGGAAGACUCUGUUUUUUUUUCCUCAAAAUUAUCAAUAUUAAUUUUAAAACCUUUUUAAAGGUGAUGAGCGAGCAUUUUCAUACUUUAAAUUGAGCUUGCAUAGUGUUCUUGGGUAUGCAAUUAGCCAGCCUGCACUUAGCUCCCUCAGUGCAUGGUAAGAAUAAGAAUGGCCUGAGACCAAGCCCACCCCACUACCAUCUUUCUGGAAGUCCUGUGAUCAGCCUUGUUUCCCAGGGUAUUACUAUAGAUGUCAAUCAACCUGGGGUGCUUACUAUUUACACAAACUUUCUAGCUGAAGAUCUCAUGUGUAAGUGUUUAGCAAUAGUGAAUUUGACCCUUUGGGAGAAGGACCCACUACAAAGAUUACCCAAAUCUGCUGGGGAGAUAAGGGAAAGUGGUCAAUAUGAACUUCCUUAAAGAACAGGUCAUAUUUCUGGAAGCUUCCCAAACAAAAGGGAAUUUGUGGUUCCCACAUGUAAGUGGUAAUAUACCUCUGGUUUUGUAGCAUUAAGUUGCUUGUGAGUAUAGCUGGAUGGGAUUCCCUCACACAUUUACCAACAUAAUAACACCAGCACCAUUUAUAGACCUUUUUGCCAAGGAACAACUUUCUUAUGAGGAAUCAACUUGAAACUCACUUUGAUUUGCUCUGGGAGGGGUUUGAGGGGAGUAGGGAAAGGUGGAAAAGAAAUUGUUGGAGACUGCAGAGUUUUAAGAGGUUGUGCAGCUUCAGAAAAAUAGAAAAUAUGCGCUUUGCACUUGGGCUAAUAAGGUUAAACUUUCCAUGAAAUUGUUAACCCUCAAAAUCUGUUUCUCACAUCAUAUCAUAAACAGUCAAGCACCAUAGGGUAGGCUUCAUAAGUGGUUUUGUCUGGGAUAUGACAGAGAUGUCAAGAAUAUAGUGUUGUGGAUGUUUGGUACUGAAGUAGAAUAGGACCAUAAAGGAUUUUGGGGCCUAAGUGGUAUACAUCCAACCAGUGCAUUUGCUAACCUACCCAAACAUUCAUCAAGUAUUGUCCACCAAGACAAAACGACAGGUGUAUGAAAAAGGAAAAUUUCACUUGCAAUUAUGAACCCUUCCAUUUUGUGUAAGUUGUACGAAUUAUUAUUUGUUUUUGACACCAUUAGGGUGUGAGGGUUAAAGACCUGGGUGGUUGUUCAAGUGAGGUUCAAACUUCUCUCACGAGUCUUGUUCCACAGAGUUGCGCAAGUGGCGAUGGAAUAUUCUAAUAAAACAACACUAAACACAUGUUACUCUUGUUUUUAGAGGUUAAAGAUGAACUGGAAAGACUGAUGUAUGACGUGAAGAGGACAGGCAAUUCAGUAAGAACAAACUUGAAAGGUAUGCUGAUGUGUGAGAUCCUAAUCAUGAUAAAGAAUUGUCGUUUCUGUAUUUGCAAAAAUCCUAUCUAUAUUUCCUUGAGUAUGUAUGUCAAGCAAUGCUCUAAUGCAUUUCCCUAUGCUAUUCUAAACAAUUAUUGGAUGACGUUUUUGUGAUUAAUCCAGAAUAAUCAAGGUUCUCGACCUUGAUUAUUCUAGAUAUCACAAAAAUUGAAUCUAAUAAUUGUUUUAUUAUACAGUGAAUGAAAAAAAAAAAAUGGUCACAACAGUAAGUGGAACAAAGCAAACCUAGACGUCAUGUUUUUGCUUCUUCACUAACGGCAAGCAACACAAAGCGCGCAAACUUGAGGUGAUUACCUUUAGAAAUCAUGCACCGCGGUCAUACAUGACAUGAUUACCCGUGACCUUGAGUGUCUUUGACUUGAUUAUUGUAUAAUCUGCAUCUAGAUGACGUCCCAAGCGCUGAUUUCAAAAAUUCACUGUACGCUUUCGGUCAAUCAGAAAAGAGAUCAAUGUGAGUGAGUUCAAUGUAUAAUAAUAAAAGAACAAAGCUGCCUUUCAUACUUGUCUUAAGCAGUAAUUGCUUCUGUUAUAAUGUUCUUUGUGUGGCUAUGGUUAAAUGUGUACAUCUUGAUUUUUGUCCUAUUUGGUUUGAGCAGAAGACAUAAAUGGGCAGAUGAUUGUAAACAUUUUAAUUAAGUUAUUACUUUGCCUGGCAGCAGUCUUAAGCUUUGUUACUUUUAUUUGAAAGAAAUGGAACAGCGGAUAAAUCAACAAGACAUGGAGUCUUCAUAUAACAAUUAUGCUGAGUCAAGGAUAAGAAGAUGUCAGGUAAAUUGACCUGAGUGAAAGUGAUUUGAAAAACAUCCCUGGUGAAACUAUACUGGGUUGUAGCCACUAUGAGCUUACCAACCGAGCUAACUGGCAGCUGUCAAAAAAGCUAAAAAGAGUGGGCAAUGCACACUAGUGAAAGUGACUCUUAACAAACAAUUUCCCACUGGCUGCCACUCUCACUCUGACUGUUACCUUCCCAGCACCAACCCAUUGUUUUAAUUUUUGAAUGAAGCUGAGUAUGAUGCAGAGAUUGUUAUCCACCGACCAGUUGGUGAUGGGCUGCCAGUUCAAGUGUGAAUGGUUUAAUAACUGUACAUGUCUUUCAGCAGUAAAAUGCUGGGGAAACCCCUGAAAUAGACUUCUCAUAUCACACUGUUAUAUUGUGGUUCCUUUUGUUCUCUUAUGUAGCAUUCUACCUUAGCAAGAAAAUUUGUGGAGGUGAUGAGUGAUUAUAACACAACCCAAUCAGAUUACAGAGAAAAGUGUAAAGGAAGGAUUCAAAGGCAGCUAGAAAUAAGUAUGGUUUUUCUUUAUAAACAAAUUUAAAUUUUGAUGGCAGACAGGUUUGCUACUCAUUUUCCAGUUAAAGGUGCUAGAGGAUAUAGUCCAGCUACACUCAUGGUGGGCAUGACCUGAUAUAGGCUCUAUUCAGUUUCUUACUCUACAUUAUUUUGAUCUUACCCAUAUUGCCAUCCCUUCCCCCUGCCCCCCCAAAAGUUUACACAGUGACAUUUUUAAUGUCUUUUUGGAUAUUUAUCACUAGUGCAAUUUUUAGAUAACUUACUGAAAAAUAAUGUUUUUCUUCCUCUUCCCAACAGCUGGUAAAACAAAGACAUAUGAAGAAGUAGAGGAAAUGUUAGAAGGCGGGGAUCCAGCCAUUUUUACUUCUGAUGUAAGCACAGAAUCUAUGUAUUAUCAUACCAGAUUUUUUAAAAGUUAUUGCUGUUUCUUGAACUCUGCACCCCGCUAAGUUUCCUUACUCUCUUAUGUACCACUGGUGUGAAUGGGGCUUUAGAAGUUUAGUAUUUUUUUUAAUAUACCAGACGAGGAAUUUAACUCCACAGGUUUUUUUUUUACUCAAAAUAUGUUUAAAUGACAGGAAGCAGUGUAUACCCGUAUGGUUUAAAGUGUUUAUUUGCCUUUCUUUGUCACAUGUAUUCAAGACAUAGCAGUGUGUGACCACCACCUUGGAUCAUAAAAAAACUCUAAUGGGGUCAUAUUUGGAGUACUAAUCACAGCCCAUUUGAAUUUUGGUUAUUCCUUGAACCUGUGGUAUUCGUUACAAAUUCAGAUAACUUUGGUCCUCUUCAGUUCCUCUAAGGCCCUUAUGCUUCAGGAGAAGGGGCCCUAGCCCUCCCCCUUUCUCAGUAAAAAUCGCGGUUAGAACAUUGGAGGCACAAUAAAUUGUGAGUUAGGCAGCAUCUAUAAUUAAUAGGCAUGUUGCAUUUUUUCUCCAUGUAGAUUGUGAUAGAGACUCAGCAGGCAAAACAAGCCUUGGGAGACAUAGAAGCCAGACACAGAGAUAUUAUGAACUUAGAAAAAAGUAUUCAGGUAUGCAGGGUUUUCAAUAAGCAACGAUGCCUGAUGAAACGCGUUGGCUACUUUGCUCAAAGAGGUCAGCUACUUUUUUUCUAGAAAGAAGAAGCAGCUGGUUUGAAUAAAGUUGUAAACAAAAAAUAUAUUAGAAAAUCUGAAUGAAAAUGUAAUUAUGAUGUGUUUUCAUACAGGCCCACUGGGUUUAAGUUAUGCUAUUGUCAUCUGAACGCUAUAUUUCAGUCAUUUUUUCACAAGUUUCUUUAUAGCAGGGCUUCUGAUAUUUUGCGAGCCGCGAAAUUCAGGUAAAUCCGUGAAAUUCACAAAAACACGAAAAAUAUUGCGAAAUUCGGUACAAAUCUUAUCAAAUACAUGUCUGUACAACAUCUUUGAAACUUAUUUCAGCUAAUGGGGCUAUUUACUUGCCAUAAACUUGCAAAUUUAUCUUAGAACUUUGUCACUGAAACGUGUAAACGACAUCCCGAAACUACCAGGUGUAGAUUAUGUUGUGAAAAACUGGGCACUAGCCAUGAUGUUAAAGGCUUUGCCAUUGGUUCAUUUCUGGAGCGCAUUAUUGUUGUAAGAGCAAAUGAUGACCUCUGCUAGAAAAACGUUAAAAACACUGGGUUGAUCUUGUGGUUAUUUUCUAGGCAAAUUUCGCUAGAAAUGAAUCGGUUUUGCGCUGAAUUGGCCAUUUUUUACUGAUUGCUUUUUGGUGAAGUUUGCCUCGAAAAUUCAUGCGGAAUUACCGCGAAAUUGGCCGAUUUUUCCGCAAAUUUGUCCUUAAAAAUCCCGCGAAAUUGGCUUUUUCUUCCGCGACCUGUCAGAAGCCCUGUUAUAGGUUUACGCAGAAAUUGCUUGUUGGAAUUGAUUGUGUCACUGAUAAAUUAUUGAAACCUACAUUUCCUUGAAUGAAAACACGCUCUUUUGUCCUCAAAUUUAAUCCCCAGAAAGCUGAAAAUCGCAUUUUAGGGCUUUGAAAUGUCAAAAUUUCCCACAGCAGAACACGCCUAGACCCCGUCUUCCCCCCAAACAGAAGGGGACUAACAUAACAUCCCCUUGUUGAUACAGUCGGUUACUCGAUUCAAACCUGCUGGCUACUUCAAUUUUUAUUGAAACCCCUGGGUAUGUUUUUGAACUUAAACAGCAGUACAGUCUAUUAUGCUAUUUACUAUCCUCUGAGACCUGGGGGCAGCUAACUUGGAUAGCAUUAACAGACAAAUCUUCACAUCAGUGUCCACUAUUUUUGGUUCUAGCUUUGCCUAGUCCCUGUAUGGCGUUUUCCCAGUCCCCAUGGGUCAAUUCAUUUUGGUGACGUAUCCGAGGAGACAAAAACAGAAUGCACAUGCAUUUGUUGCUUUUUGAAAUUCAAAGAUAUACUUCAAUGUUGUAAGCAACAGGAGAUUUGGUCUUUUUAACAACCCUUGUGGAUAUUUGCGAGAUCGACUUUUCCCGACCAGCUUUGAACAGUCAUCACAAUGUUAUUCAUAGCCCUAUGAAGAUUGAUACUGUUCCUUCAAUUUCAGCAUUCCAACUGAGCUAUUGGAGUUUGCCGCUUGGGAAUUUUCAAAGUGAAAACAAUAUUGACCCUCUGUGUUGUAAACUUAAGACCUCAAAUCUUGAUUAAUCAGAAAAGCCAUACUUUCAAAUAAACUUCAUUAGCUGUGUAUCAAAAAGUGCCCAGAAACUGAAUCUAAAAGUAAACAUCCUAUAAAAUUCCUUAAAUGUGAGAAGCAUUAAAUUAAACUUGCAUGCGUUGUCUCAGGAUCGUGUUUUGAGCUAAUGUUAAUCAAUGAAAGAACACACAACAAUAGACAGAGAAAUUAUUUCUUGAAAAAUUUUUAUUCAAAGGCCCAUAUAAAUUAAUCCUUGAAAGCAAUAUGAGUAACACAAAUUUGGCUCGUGGAUCCAUUCACGCAAGUUAAAUCGGCUGAGCUUAUGCAAGAAUUAUUCAACACAAAUCUCAAAUCGGUUGCUCAAGCCGAUCUCAAAAUGUAUAAAAUGUCUAAGAUAAAAUAUUCUCAAAUACGUCAUUUUCUUGACCAUAGAGUACAAAAUGUACCUGAAAAUUCUUCACAAACUUCAUUGCUUGGUGGCGUUUCAAAACAGGCCAAGCGCUCCGAUCGGCUGUGAUGAAAAUUUCUUGUAUUUUGAAUUCCUCGAAGGACAAUUUUAUAGGAAAAAGCCUUCCUUUGUCAACUUGAAAAAAACCUAAGCAUUCUUUUGAAGUUUCCUUUCCCAUCUGUGUGUUUUAGCAGUGUAUUUUUAACCUUGAAAUGCAAAACACUGGUUUUGUUUACCAUUGCCAUUGAGCUGUCUCACUUGUGAGAAUUUUUGUCUAGGCCUCGCAUUUUCGCUUGGACCACGUGACCCGAAACUCUUUGGCCGCGCAGAAUAAUGAGGCCAAGGGAAUAGGCAAGUUCUAGCCAGUGAAUAUGUUCCAGCUAACAGUUUGCUUGAUCUCUGUUUUAGGAACUCCAUGAAAUGUUUCUAGACAUGGCUAUGCUUGUUGAUAGCCAAGUAAGUACAUCACUCUUUAAUAGAACUUAUUAAACAAAUAUGCAGAAUUUUUUGCUUAGUUCCAUAAAAAGUGCUGCUGAGGAGGUGCUUUUGCUUGAAUUGUGAUACAAAAUAAUUUAACUGAGUAACCAUUUUACAAGUCCUUAUAUUUAUGUAAGGAGCAGUUGGAUUGCCUGUGAACAAACAAUAAUACAUGAUUUCUUGUUUGAAAAUUGAAAAUAACUUACCCUGCACUCGUGAAUAUUUCAAGUUAGUGGCUUCAAAUGUUUGCAAGUACAGUACUUAUGAUUAUUUAACUAAAAUAAUGUUUCCAUGGUGACUAAGGCACCAAGCUCAUGCAGUCAAAGUCAUCUUUGAGGACUAGAUGAUUUCAUGUUUUUAUUAGAAACUCUCAUUAAGCUAGUUGUUAGUAGCAGAUCUAAUGAGAGGCAAGCAUUUGAAAAAGUCUAGAUGGCAUGUUGCUAUUAAAAUAAAUUGUCAAAAUUUAUUUAUUUAAUGCAUAAAAAAGUUAAUUUCAUCGUCACAGUAGAUGGGGUAUUCUAAUCAUUUUAACUUUUCAAAAGUGUUCUUGGUGUCUGAUUACUUGCAUUUUAAAAUUUUUAGGGAGAGAUGAUAGAUAGGAUUGAAUACAAUGUUGAGCAGGCCGUUGACUUUGUGCAGGCAGCAAAAAGUGAUACCAAAAAAGCUGUUAAGUACCAGAGUAAAGCACGGCGGGUGAGUACAUGGAUGAUAUCACAUGGCCAUGUGGAGAUACUGAAUUUCUGGUUGAGUAUAGGAAAAUAUUUCAAGAGGGAAUGAAGCAAACAAGUAAGAUAUUUUUAAACACAAGAAGAGAAAUUUUGUAUCUCCAAGCAGCCAUGUAAUGUUCUUCAUUUUAUGAAAACCAAGGUUUUCAGUAAGAGUUGGUGGAUUUCGCUGGCUAUUUCACUUGAACUCGCUGCCUACUUUUCUUUGGAAAUUACCCCCUGCUUCAUGUGCUGUUAGUGAAUAAAAAAGCCAAAAUUUUGUGAUGUCUGUGUUUUUGCUCCAGAAUGCUGGAAAUGCAUUCUAAGAGGCCCAGAUUUCAAAAUUUUUCCAGAAACCCCCACCUUUGCUGCAAGUUUUUUCCUUCUUCAACUACUUCAAAGCUUUUUUCAUGUCCUUAAAAUUGUAUUUUAAACCCUGAGAAACACCAAUGAAAUAACAAACUAUUUCACUUUUUUGCAACUUAACACCCUAAGAUUGUUAGGGCAUCUGGUCAAUUUAUUGAUAACUUAAUUAAUUUGGUUACCCAAACAAUAUUGCAUUAAAUCCCAGUGCCAAAGGUAGGUGCAGGGUUUUUACAAAGUUAUGAAGAAGGUGGCGCUGCCUUUGAAAUAGGUACCUGAUUCUUCAUUCUUUUAUCGAAGAAUCUUAGGCAAAGCAGAAGCAGAAAUUGGAAUUAGGCGGUAAUAUUUGUGGGUUACCUCCUUUUUUUAAUCCUAAAUGCUGUUGUUGGUUUCUGAAUGUAUUUUCAAAGCAGACUUCAGAGUGGUGGAGAAAAUGUCAGCUUAGUGUUGUUGUGUAGAUUGUCAAAAUUUGAAACUUUUUAAAAUUACUAACAUCAGAAAGACAUAGUUUUCAGGCAUGUUGACCUUUUGCCACUUUCUUUCUCUCAACAGAAAAAAAUCAUAAUCAUUAUCUGCCUCUUCGUAUUAUUGGCUGCUCUUGUUGCUGUAAUUGCUGUCUUAGUUCAAUAGCAGGUGAGAAUAAAAUCACAGACAGCCAUUUCAUGUGCAGGGUAUGUGAUAAUAUUGUUAUGUAGUGUUCUUCAUAUAUGGUAGCAAUCAAGAAUUUGUGUAACAAUCCACACCUUGUCAGCUUUUUUUACUUUGACGUGUAUGUUAAACGAAGCAUUUUAAUUUUAAGGACCAAUUAGGUGCAAUAUUUUAUUCUUUGGUUUGAAGGUUAAGGUUACUUGAUGACUAAACAGCCAAUGCCAGUCUGAGCAUUCAGGGGAACCGCUUCUGUUGAGCAAGGUUUAAAUGUUCAUUUUUGAGGAACUUGACCCGAGAUACAGUCUCCUACAAGUUUGAAAGCUUCUGCAGGUGUAAGUCCUCAGUUGCUGACUGUUUGAUUUGUCAACUCAAUGCAAACAGGGUCAAUUAUCCUUUAGCCUUCGAGCGAGCUCUCUGGGAUGCUCUGCUGCCAGAGCUCCCCACCAUAGUUGCUCACAGGCUAUAAAUUAUCUUUACUUUGUGUGUUCUUUAAGAAUGUGUUGCACGUUACCAUAAAUGAGUACAAGUUCUGUUUUGUUUUUAUUCAUAAUUACUGGUAUCACAUAUAACACAAAUUAACUUUGUAUUUAUUACAAUUUGUUUUUGUUUACAUGUAAGUAGAGAUUAAUGCAAUGUGAUUCAUACCAGUUGUGACUUUUCAAAUGUAUGUAUGUUGUGGUGUAAAUUUAUCCUUGGUUUAUAUUAUAUUUUUCAUUGUUGUUUGCAAUGGUGUAUUGUCAGUAUGUUAAUGAGUUUGAAACAAAGGAACUAAAAUUAAUUCUAAGCGAGGGUAAAUUUGAACAACGAACUAAUUAUGCAAAAGCCAAAUGAUAUUGUAAUUCUCUUUCUCUCUGCAGAUUUUUUACGCUCUCUGUGUAAUUUUUUAUGGAUUAAUUUACUAGUAAUUAUUCUUCACAACAGUACUAUUAAAAUAUGUUUUAAGUAAGACUGUAAAUAAUGUUCACAAAUUAGGGAAGAUUGAGCCAUAAGUUCCUCAAAAGCAUCAUCACACGUUAUCUGUAAGGUUUUUGAAACAUUAGGAAGAAAAUCACAAAUCCAAAUCCAACACCAUCACUAAGUGAGGUAAGUGUGUAUCUAAAUGUGUCAUUAAGUGUUGAGUGCAAUAACAUUGAAAGUUAAAACUCAAAUAACAGGAAGUCUUGCUGUUAUUUGAGUUUUAACUUUCAGUGUUAUGGCAUUCAACACUUACUGAUACCUUUAGAUACACAUUUACCUCACUACAACAGACAUCUUGUUUUAUACAUAAAAGAAAAGCUUUUUCUUUUCAAGACAUACAGGUGCAGUUCAGCCAAUAAUGAUUAUUAUGAAAACAAGAAAAAAGUGGGCCAACAGGAAAUGAAAAUGAGGUUUAUUCACUGUCCCCUACUACUCCCCUAAAGUCUGCUUAUAGUGGGCAGAGUAAAAUGAUUGAAACAAAUAUUUCUUGUUAAUCAGAGCAAUAACUCAACAUAUUUUGAAUUAUUUCAAAAGAAAGUUGAUUUAAAACCCUUGUGUGGAACACUCACAAAUAGUUGAAAUUUUAAUAAUAAUAAGCUACACUCUAAUUGUAUGACAUUUUUGUAUUUAGCAGUAAACGCAUAACCCUGUGCGAGUGUUAAAAUGCAUUAUAGAGAUAACUGAUGUGAGUUAUGAUAAAGGCCGAAACUUGAAAAAUUACAGCAAGAAAUUAGGCUGCCAUUCAAGUAGACAAAUAAAAAAAAAACUUCUCAGAAAGGAAAUUGCUUCUUAUUAUUUUGGCAUUGUGAUUUGGCUUCUCCUGUUCACAAUAAGUAACUAACUAGUGGGUUGUUUCCUACAUGAGUAAAUUGGGGUCAUCUUGGGGGUAAAUCUUGAUAUUGUGGCUCAUAGUACAAAUGGAGGUGGUUGUAUGAAUUUUUUUUACCUCUUUUACUCAUACUUUCAUUAACGUCCUCCAUUUAAACCAAUGCUUUCAAAUCGUCACUACUUGGUUUAAAAGUGGUUUGUUUUCCCACGUAUGAAUAUAGAUUUCAUCAGCAGAUUGCUAAAGUAAUAGCUAAUUUAAAAGUGGCCAAAUAUACACUGAAAGACUAAUAUUACAAACCCCUGUGUAACGAGGCCCCCAUGUAAUUAAUGACAAUUUAUGGAACAGGAUCGCAACAUUUAGUGCCUCACUGAACAAAUCCUCCUUGACUCAACACUUCUUUAUAUCGGGGUUCCACUGUAGUGUAAAAUCCUAGUUUUGUUGGUAUAAAUGGGAUUCAAGAACUCAGGGCUGUCACUAAGUGCUGGGUAUUUCCCUCAGCUACUAUGAGCAUGAACCGUGGCUUUUUUCAUAAGAGACAAAAGGAAAAUAGAACCAAAAGAACUUACUAGAUGUUCAAUUCCUGUUGACAGAUUGCAUACACCCAACAACUUGGAAUCUUAGUGACAGUCUUAACACCUUAUUAAUAGAUGUAGUUUUUUGGGUGAGGAGGGGGAG